GAACGACAAAAUGUCAAAAAUGACAUGUGUUCGUCAGGUCAUAUCAAAAUGACAACUGAAAAUAAUAAUAAAAACGUGCACUGAGCAGCAGGUUUUUAAUUUUAAUUUUGAAAAUGAUUUUACUACAAAUUUGAAGUGACGAAAUUUCCCAUCAUCUCUAGAAAGAAAUGGAUUUGAAACAAAUAGGUUAUUCCAUCUUCAGAGGUUUCUAUGACAGUUUUAGUGGCAUGAUAACAAUUCUCUAUCUAGACAAAGAAAUAAAUGAAAGAAAAAUUAACAGAGUUUCUCCUACCAGAGCAAAUGCAGUGCGUCAGAAGCUGGACUCAAGAGAAAGCACACCAAUCAGACAAUUAAAAAAACAUGAAGAAUCCAAAGUUACCAAAAGAAUUAUACAAUGUGGUGUUCUGAAUGGAGGCAUAUUUUUGAUGAGCAUACUACUAUUUGAGUAUGGACUGCUUCCUACCAUCAAUAAAGUAUUUGGAUAUAUUUUUGGAAAUGAAUCUUUUAUGGGUAAAUUUGUAUGGUCUUGGAUGGAACCAAUGUUACUGUUGAUAUUCAGGACAGUAUGGGUUAUCCCUUUAUUUUUAUUGAGCAAACUAGUCAAUGCUUUAUGGUUUCAGGAUAUAGCAGACUCUGCUUACAGGCACAGCAGAGGCAGGCCAGUAUUUGCCCAAAGCAUCAGUAAACUACUGGCGGAUUCGAUAUUUAGCAUAGUCAUUCAAUUUUUAUUUCUAUUACAAGCCACUGCCGUCAGUUAUAUACCCAUCUACAUGGUGGGAUACACAUUGAGCCUACUUCAGAUGUGUAUGUUGUAUUCUCUCUAUGCCUUUGAAUACAAGUGGUUCAAUAUGGGAUGGGAGUUGCACAAAAGGCUGUCAUACAUCGAAGCAAAUUGGCCGUACUUUUUCGGGUUCGGCUUGCCAAUGGCCAUUUUCACUGAGUUGUCACCUUCUUGGAUAAUCAGUGGAUGUGUUUUCUCAAUACUCUUCCCAUUUUUCAUAAUUAGUGGAAAUGAAGCAAUCCCUAUUCAAAGUCCAAGUGGCUAUCCUCUACAUGUUUUUUCUCCCGUGAUCAGCAUAUCAAAUAUGUUUUUCAGUCGGACAAUUGGAAAUCCGAAGAAAACCCCCACUCAUGUACAGAAAUGAUUUGUUUUUUUUACUAUGUAGUGUCAUUACCUCUUUUACUCUGUUGGUGUAAUAUUAUUGACUGAUAAAUAUUUUUAUUUCAUGUAUUUUUAUCGAUGAGGCGGUAUUUAUGUUUGUUAUAAAAUAAAUCAAUUUCUACAAGGAGA